CGAGUUACUGAAGAGAUACGACUCGAACUCGCGGCCAAUCUGGAUGAAUUCAGCGAUGUGCUUGGGAAAUGGUCAUUGCCCUCGAGAUAUACUCUCGCCCGAUAUGUUGAAGCGUUUGUCAGCGGCUUUCAUCCUUCAUUUCCUGUUCUACAUUUGCCAACGUUCAGGCUCGAUCUCAUGGCACCAGAACUUUCUCUCGCAAUCUGCGCCGUAGGCGCGCAGUAUUGUUUCGAGUCCAAGGCUGGUGCUAAGUUGUUCUACGUAUCGCGGUCCCUGGUUUUCGAGCAGAUGCGGCGCCGAGAAGAGACUUUAAUGACAGCAGGACGUGAUGUUGCGGACGCUCGCCUCGCAGUACCGCCUGUGUUGAUGCAGGGGCGUUCCAUGCAAGUCGCCAAUCCCGUAUGGCCUGAAGAUCCGUUGGCUCGUCGAUCCCGUAUGCACACAGCCUGCGCCACAAUGUUCCUGCUCUGUUUCGCUUCCUGGCAGAAAGACGCAGCGUUGUUGCGUGAGUCUUUUGCUUUACAGGGUCUUCUAGCUCGCUGUUGUCGAGAAAAUGGCCUUGUUGAGGAUGUCUCUGAAUCUCCCCCACUAAAUUGGCCCGAAUGGAUUGAAGGUGAGUUUCAGCGUCGCAUCAAAAUGACAGCCUUUUGCGUUUUGAACCUUCAAAGUAUCGCAUAUAACCUUCCGCCCACAAUCACGGCAAGUGAAGUACAUCUCAACAUGCCUUGUCCGUCUGCAGAGUGGAGCGCGGACAGUGAGCUGGAUUGGCAUAGGCAAAGAGCCUCGAGGCGGCACCAUCCGCCAACCUUCCAACAAGCUUUGUCUUCUCUUCUGGUCUUUGACGAUCCAGAGGGGAGUAGGAUAGCUGCAAACCAAGCCACGCCGACACCGUUCGCGAAUUAUGUGCUCAUGCAUGCUCUGAUUCAGCGGCUCCAAAUGCUUUGGCUACUCGUCCCCACGACCGGCAAAUCAGCAAAGCUGAGGGCAGAAGAUGUUAGCAUCAUGCAAGAAGCUUUCAAGCGCUGGAAGGCUGCGUGGCAGACUUCACCCGAAGCUAGCCUCGAUCCAACUAAUCCAGAAGGUCCCAUGUCUUUCGUCUCAGCGACAUUCCUGGCACUGGCUUACGUCCGGCUGCAAGUAGACCUUGGGCCCUUCCGACUCUUACAGACACGCGACCCUGUUGCGAUCGGUCUAGCUCUGUACAACUCACCGCUUCCCUGCCGCGGUCAAGAUCUGAUAUCCCCACUUCUUCACUCUGCCCACAGCCUCGAUGUUGUUGUCCGACUGGGAAUUCACUACGUGUCGCAUCAUCAGACAUUCUUCUGGAGUGUUCAACACUGUAUUGCCGUAUUGGAAUGUGCCGUCCUUUUGGUCCAGUGGCUACGGGUCUUGGAGUCCCCUGGGGAGAAUCGAGGUCUUUCACACCUCGAAGAGCAAAUAUUCAAAUGGACUGAAUUCUUGAUUGGCGAGGCUCGCGAGUCUCUAGCUUCGGAUGGCUCGGGAGCAGACAGGACAGUUGCCGAGUCUCAAGGUAUGGCUUCGACGAUUCUCAGAAUCUGGGCAGGUAUUUUCCGUAGUAACAAGAUGUGGCCCAUUGUUCAGUGCAUCGGCGAUGGUUUGCAUCAUUUUGCAAACAUGAUAGAGAAG